AUGCCUCCAGCUCUCAUUAUUAUUGAUAUCCAGGAGGACUUCCUCCCUCCAGAUGGGGCAUUGGCAGUAUCAGAUGGGCGUAGCGUUGUUUCCUCAAUAAACGAGCUCGUAUCCAACUACCAAUGGUCCGUGGUAGUAGCCACCCAGGACUGGCACCCCAAAGACCAUACAUCGUUUUCUUCCCAUCACAACGUGCCUCCAUUCACAGAGAUCGAAUUCAGUCAUCCCCUAGGCGAGUUGGACAAGACAACUGGCAAUGCCUAUAUUCGGACCCAAACUACCUGGCCAGACCAUUGCGUGCAGGACACCCAUGGUUCCGACCUCGAGGCCCUGUUUGCGGGCCAUUUCAAUCUGAUCACAGACAUCCCAAAGGCCAUUAUCAAGAAGGGGUACCUCACAGAUAGAGAAUACUACUCAUGCUUCCAAGACGUGUGGGGGAUCCACCACACCGAGCUUGGGCAGUUUUUGAAGGCCAACGACAUCACUGACGUAGUAAUGGUUGGUUUGGCCUACGACUUUUGCGUGUUGAACUCGGCAAUCGACUCUUCCAAAUUGGGCUUCAACACCUCCGUUGUUCGGGACUGCUGUAGAAGUGUGUAUCCCAACAACGACAGUGAUACCGAUGCAUUAUACAAGGAGGGCGGAGUACGCCUAAUCACAUUGAGCGAGUUGACAAACCACUCAAAGCAUAGCUAA